AUGAAUAAUAUAUUCCACAAACUCCACGUUGAAGGCAAACACCUCAAUAAACUCGGAGCUGCAGAUGUUCUUCAGAUAACUGAACAUUCAUUACAGUACCAUGAGUUUUAUUCUGAAGAGGAGCUGAUUCAGACUUUCAUACAAAAACUACUGAUGAUGAACUACAGAGCACGAUACAUUAAAACUAAAGAGACCAACAAACAGGAUCAAACACAACAAACAGACAACGACUUCUCUGAAGAAGAGAAUGAUAUUUUUGAUGAUGUUUUCGGAAACCUCUCUCCGUCAGACAAAGCAUCAAGUCAGUCUGACCCUGUUCACCCGAUGGAUGUUCAGAUGGCCGUGUUUCAUUGUGCUGAUGGUUUCCUGAAGCAGCUGAUGGUGACUAAACUGUCCCAGUGUCAGUAUGCUCUGCCUCUGCUUGUUCCUGAUCCAUUCACACGACAGAUUGAGUUUCCUCUCUGGACAUUCAGACAAAUUAACAAGAGCUGGAAGAUGAGAUACACAGACAAUGAAAUCAUCAGUCAACCCCAGCCGAUCUACAAGGCAGAAACUCCAAUGGUGUUUUUCUUCAGGUUUGGCUCUGUGUCUUCAUCCAAGUCUCAGCUGAUGAGCAGUCUGAUCAAUGAGAAACACAACACGUUCUUCCACAGGAACUGCCCAGGCAGCAGCAGAACCAGAGAGCUGAUGGAUGGAGUGGUGGAGAUUGCCUGGUUCUGCCCCUCUGCAUCAUAUGAUGAUAAAUUCACCGACUGUGUUGCGUUCUGUAAUCUACACGGUGAUGCAGGAGACCAUGAGAAACAGCUGCAGAUCCUCACUGAAAUGGCCUCAGUCAAUGUUGUUCUUCUACCACGACUGGAUAGGAAUGACAAACAUGCUGCAAAGAUACAAAUCUUGUCCAAGAACAGAAAGCCACUCAUUCUACUGACUGAGGAUGAAUCUGCUGUAACUAAGAAGAAAGGGAAAUUCAAGAUUGGUUUAAAAGACAGAAAUCAGUCAGAUGUAUCUGAAGAUCUCAGGAGAGCCAUAAAUGAGUGUCUCUCAGAAUCAUCGUCCACUUUCAGACUUGAAGAUGUGUCCAAACACUCAGAUAUCAGAGUAGAUGAGGAAGAUGAUGGUGACUGCAGGAGAGGAAGAGAAGCAGCACAUCAGCUGAUCAGUUUGCUAAAGACGAAAGAGCUGAGGAAAAUCAAAGAAUCAUUUCUGCCUCAUCAGGGGAAACUGUGGCAUCAGUGGAGUCAGAAGAACAAAGAACUACAUCGACCUCAAGGAGAUAAGAUCGAAAUGGAAAUAAGUAGAAAAAAAAAACAAAUGAAUAAAAUCCGCAAACAGCAGCAUGAAUUUGAUAUCAGUGAUUUUAUCAAGUGCUUAAUUGAACAAAUGUGCUCAUAUGAUAAACUUGAGAAGAUGUUUUUUCUCAAAUGGCUCAGAUUUCUCCUGGAUGAGCAUACAUCAGCUGAUCUUACUGCUCUACAGCACAAGUAUCAUGAAAAGUGGUCAACAGUCUUACAACUGAAAGAGAAUCAUGAUAAGUCAGAACAACUUGAAACGGAACAAACUGAACUUGAGACAAUAUCUGAGGAACUUCAGGCUGCAACCUUUGGUUUGGAGCACAUCAUGAGGGAAAUCGGACAAAUCUAUGAAUCAUGUUCAUCAGUGAAGAAGAACAAGAAAGACCUGAAAGACUUCUCUUCUCUCCCGAGUCUUGCAGCAGAGAUGAUGAUCUCUGGAUCUCCACUGGAGCUGAUGGAUGGAGAUGCUGCUCAUGUUCCUGUGAUCUGGAUCUCUGCUGUUCUAGAUCAACUCGUCCAGAAACUGGGAGACCAGAGAGUCUUUGUGCUGUCAGUUUUAGGGCUUCAGAGCUCUGGGAAAUCCACCAUGCUGAACGCCAUGUUUGGACUCCAGUUUGCCGUCAGUGCUGGCCGGUGCACCAGAGGAGCUUUCAUGCAGCUGGUCAGAGUCUCAGACGAGAUGAAAACACAGAUGAACUUUGACUAUAUUCUGGUUGUUGACACUGAGGGUCUUCGUUCUCUAGAACUGGCUGGAAGAUCAACAAGACAUCAUGACAAUGAAUUUGCCACAUUUGUUAUUGGUCUUGCAAAUCUAACGCUGAUCAACAUUUUUGGAGAAAACACAGCUGAGAUGCAGGACAUUCUUCAGAUUGUUGUUCAGGCCUUCAUGAGGAUGAAGAAGGUCAGACUGAAUCCCAGCUGUGUGUUUGUGCAUCAGAAUGUUUCAGAUGUCGCAGCUAGAGAAAAAACCAUGGAGGCAAGACGACAACUGCUGGAGAAAUUAGAUGAGAUGACAAAACUCGCUGCUAAAGAGGAAGGCUGUGAUGCAGAACGUUUCAGUGAUGUCAUUAAAUUUGAUGUUCAGAAUGAUGUGAAGUAUUUUUCUCAGCUCUGGGAGGGAAACCCACCCAUGGCACCGCCAAACCCAAACUACUGUGAGAACAUUCAAGAACUGAAGAAAUUUAUUAAGUCUCAUGCCUCAAAAUCACAAAGAAUGCUGCUGAAAGACUUCAAAAUUCAUAUUAAAGAUCUCUGGGAGGGUUUACUGAAUGAACAAUUUGUCUUCAGCUUCAGAAACUCUCUGGAGAUUUCAGUCUACAGGAAACUGGAGAAUGAAUACAGCAAGUGGUCCUGGAGUCUUCAAAAUGCCAUGCUGAAAAUUGAGAAUAAAAUACACAACAAAAUAGAAAAUGAAGCAAUUCAUGAAGUUGAGGAAACUGAUCUUCAAAGAAAACUGAAGAAGACAAGUGAAGAAGUGGAAGAAUCAAUGUCUGAAUUCUUUGAGAAAGACACAUAUGCAGAAAUACUGAUUCAGUGGAAAACACCCUUUGAAACCAAAAUCAAAGAGCUUGAGAAAAACAUUGUGAGAGAAACAAAGAAAAAAAUGAAUGAGAUUCUUCAUCAACAAGUCCUUAAGAAAAAACACGAUCAGAUGACACAUCAUGAAAACACUCUCUUUGAAAAGAGCAAAGAACUUGCCUUAAAGCUCAAAGACAGAGCAAAUGAUGAAGAAACACUGAAGAAGGAGUUUGAUUUGUUUUGGAAAAUGAACAUGAAGAUCCUCAGUGACACUCCAGCAAUCAGAGACAUUGACAUAAUGAACAUGAAAGAAAUCCUCAGUGACAAGAAAAAAGAUGAGUACUAUAGUAUUUUCCAGAAAUACUGUCAUGGAGCAACAUCGGCUGCUAUAUUUGGUAAGUGUAGAGUGACUUACUUGAAAUUGAACCAAGGCUUUCUAAGCCCUCAGUGUGAGGGACCCAGUCAUUCCACACCAGUCCCCUAUCCAGUUACCAUCCGUUUACCUGUGUUCACCUUUUGCAACAAAAGCCUUCCCAAUAUGCCUGUGGAGACAUGCCUGCUGUGUCUGCGGAUGUACACCCGCCUCAGCCAGCACCUUGUCAUCAUUCACAAGGUGGAAAACAAGGAGAAAAGGAAGCUGCUGUUGGCCAUUGAGACGGGGCGAAACGUGAGCCCUCUGCUAAUCAGCAGCCCGAAGAAGCCGGAGGCAAGAAGUUCGCGACCAGCGCCGAGAAGCCCUCCACCUCUCAGCGGCCGUGGGAAGAAAAAACCCAGCAGUAUCCCGAUCACGUGGCAGUUCUGA